AUGUUGUUCAACAUUCUCUCAUCCUCUUUGCUGCUGGCAGUAACCACCUCUGCGCUUCCUGCCGAAAUCGAGCCUCGAGCAACAAACCAAUACCUUACAAACUCUCACACGGCUAUCACGGAGCUUCAAACCUUUUACAACUCUCCUCGUCCUGGUUUUUGGAGUGCAGGCUGGUGGAAUACUGCCAAUUGCCUCACUCUGCUUGCCGACCUGCGCGCAAAAGACGGUUCUUCUUUCCUGACAUCUAUCACCGAUGGCGCCAAUGGUGUCUUCACACACACCCUGAACAGCCAAGGCAAAGACAGCACCGGAGCUCUGAACUGGGAUGAUUUCUUCGACGACCAAUUGUGGUGGGUCGUGGCACUCAUCAAGACCUACGAUGUCACCAAGAACACCAGCUUCCUCAAGACUGCAAAUGCUACCUUUGCCUCGGUCAACCUGAACAACAAGCCCUCCAACAACCCUUGUGGAGGUCUUGCCAAUGCUUAUCCUUCUGAGAAGUAUCUGGUCAAGAGCAGCACCAUCGCUACAGUCCUCUACGUAGAGGCUGCAGCUUUACUCGCCGUCCGCUACCCAGCUCAAAGCACCUACUUCAUCAACCUCGCCAAGACCCAAUGGAGCUGGUUGUCCCAAAACAUCCUCAUCAACGGCAUCAUGCAAGGCGAUUCCUUGACCGGCAGCCCUCCUUCCUGCGGCAACAACCACGCCUUCUUGACUUACAUCGAAGGCGUAGCCCUACAAGCUCUAGUCGCCCUCUACCACGCCACAAACGAUGCCUCCUACCUCUCCACCGCCGACACCCUCGCCACCGAACUGCUGUCUGGAAAAUACGGCAUGAUGGACACCAACAAAAUCGCCCAGGAGUUCUGCGACGCAGAUUUGUCUUGUAAUCCUGAUGAAGCACAGUUCAAGGGUAUUAUGAUGAGGGGCUUGCGUACUUUGCGUGAUGCAAAGCCUUCGGCUGCUGGAGGACAGAUUCAGAGCUUCUUGAACAAGAAUGCGGAUAGUAUUUGGAGUAACAGCAGACAGAGUGGUACUAAUUUGCUGGGAGAGAAGUGGGCUGGUCCGUUUGCGUUGGGAAGUAGUCAGGCUUUGCAGUUGAGUAGUCAUAGUUCUGCUACUAUGGCUUUGGUGCAGGCUGCUCUGGCUAGUAUGUGA